UGUUGAAAACCCUCAUUCCGAGGAAUAAAGCUUAGAAUAGGCCAAAAGUAUUUUUAAAAAUGACUUGCUAUUGAUUUUUGUUAAUGAUAGAAUUUUUUUACUUCUUCACUUAAACUUGUUUGCGAUCCGCCUGGAUCUGGACUGGAGGCUCAACAGGAACCAGGUUUCUAUUCUGCGGGGGCGCGUUUUUUCGGUAGAUUCGCGAGACGGAAGUCUUUGGAGAGCAAGAAGUAAAUAAAUCAGUUUGAGAAACAAAGAUAAAGUGGGAAUGCAACCGCGAAGAGCUCGAAAUAUAUUUGCGUAGCCACCAUGCAUGUUAAAUGUUCUUGCAAAGACAUGUAAAAAUUGGUUUGUUAAGACAAUGAGGCAUGGAAGGAAGUGUGGAAAUCCUUGAUAUUGCUUAUCUGCUCCAAAAGAAAUUUGCAGCGAUCACUGGUGGCUUAGACAGGGAUGGGUAUCCAUUGUUAAUAUUCUAUGAUGUUGGCAUUGACUGUACCUCAGUUGAUAGCAAAGAUUUCCUGAAACUCAUUGAAUAUCUUUGUGGCAUUGCAAAAUCUUUAUGGGAGAUCGAUUAUCUCACAGUUAUUGUUGAUAGAAGAACCUCAAAAUGGCAGCAGAUCAAAUCUGUUUUUCUAAAACUCAAGGGUGUUGACUCGUUUCAUAUACACAAGCUUAUAGUUUUAAAGCCAAAUGGAUUUUUCCAAAAGCACUUUAACAGCGAGAAAAAAGACUUACAAGACCUUUUGGAUGGAAAGAUCAUUUUUCUGGAAGGCCAAGACUCUCUUUUUAAUCAUAUAGACGUAAGACAGAUACCCGAAGACCUGGGUGGUGUCUUCGAAUUCAAUCAUGUGGACUGGGUCGAGCAUCGAACGGCUAUUGAAAGAUUUGAAAUUACGUGCCGAAAGACAAGAACAAGGCUUGAUCAGGUCAAAGACAAAUUCAAUCGCAUAGAACCACUUUCAAGUCAACAAGAAAUAGAGGAGAUCCGAGGACUGCAUCAAAAAGUCGUAGAUGAUAUUGACGACGAUUUUAAAUGUAGCAAAGAGAUCGCCGAAACAUUGGAGUCGAUUGUCAAAAAGCCUUUUAGCAUAAAGGAGGCAGGGCCAUUGACAAAAUUCAAUUACGAUUAUCUGGAAAAAUGGGUGUCAAGUCUUGAUGCGAUGAGAGAAGAGCUGCAAAGUCUAUGGGGCAAACAUGAAAAAUACUUGAAUGACUCUCUAGUUUUGUGUCGUUUUGAAAAGGAAUUUUGUGAUGUAUCGAAAGCUAUGAUUGAGCUGAGUGUUGUAGUCAGGGACCGCACAGUUAUUGGGAUGGAUUUAGAGGCAGCGAAGGAUCUCAUGCAAGAGCUUCUUUCAUUCAAAGAAAAGACAAAAGGAACAUACGAGAAGAUCAAGAGACUCAGAAACGAAGGGUUCGAUAUGAUUGACAGUGGGCAUUUUUCAGCUUCCAGCAUUCGUUUGCGUUGUAACGAGAUAAAGAAACUCUGUGACGAAUUUGAAGAUGCAUUAGAAAAGAGACAGGACGUUGUUCAGACAAACAUUGAUGUUCACUCCUGUCUAGACCAGUUGAAUUCUUGGUGCAAGAAGGGUGUCGAUCUAUUAGCCUCGCAGUCCUUGGACGAAAUUCAGCACGCGGAAGGGGCAGUCAAAGCACUGGAACAGAUUGAGAGGUUCAUUGCUAAUGGAGAGGGCCUAAGCAUGGGGAAAAUCAAUCGACUGAAUAAGCUUUCUUCAAAGUUGAGUUACUCAGAUAUUGAUGUGAAGGUAAAGGAAGCUUUAGCAAGAACUGAGGAAAUAACAGAAAUGUUUGAGAAGAGAGAGAAUAGUUUAAAAAAGCUUUCAAAGCCACCUGCCAGACCGGUACAACCCGUCAAAGCCAUACAGAAGCUAGCUUCUCCUGCACAUAAACAAGAAAAGGCAAAAACUCAGACAUCUUCGACUUCUCGAGAACGAAAAGAGUCGAAAGAUUUGAAGAAGAACAUCGAUGUUGUCGUUACUAGUCAACCAAUUAGAAAGCGGAUGAGUUUCAGAAGAUCCACCACAAGACGUAGGCCUUUCUCUACGCCUGCUAUGUUGGACUCGCAUUCUUCUACAGAUUAUGAAGAGGAAGACCAGGAGCUUGUGAAAAAGACAAAACUGGUAAUGCAGGAGAUUGUGGAAACAGAAAGAGACUACGUCAGUGAUAUUGAAUGUGUCAUAGAGGGAUACUACAAUGCCUUUGAUGACCCUGAUUUUAACAUACCUGUUCAUCUAAGAGGGAAGAAAAAUAUCAUUUUUGGAAACAUUGAAGGGAUCUACCGAUUUCACAAAACGGUAUUUUUAAAAGAACUGGAGGCGUGUCUGUCAUCACCAUACUUAGUGGGCCAAGUAUUUUUAGACAAGCGAGAUGAAUUUCAAUUUUAUGCAAUCUACUGCAAAAAUAAACCCAACUCAGACGCCCUUACCAAAGAGCUUGAAGUGAAGAGUACCUUUUUAAAGGAUUUCCAAAGAAAACUAGGCCAUAAGCUGCCGCUUGCAUCCUAUCUUCUCAAACCUGUACAGCGAAUAACAAAAUAUCAACUGCUGCUCCAAGAAAUGAUGAAAUACACUAGCAGAAAAAACCCAGCUCUUGUAGAUUUGCAGGAUGCAAUCAAAACCGUGAAGAGAAUCGUUAGGAAUGUCAAUGAUGUCAUGCAUUCUACAGGACUUGUCGGAUGCCCUGAGGACGUAGGCAUAUUUGGAAAGCUUAUUUUUCAAGAUGCAUUCACAGUAUGGAAUGUUCAAAACAGUAUGCUGAAGCAAAUAACAAAAUUAAGAGGAAAAAAUCGCCAAGUGUUUUUAUAUGAAAAGGCUAUAAUCAUUACCAGAAAAGAAAUGCAAGAAUUCAGUGAAGGGAAAGAGGAAGUUGUCUACCAGUUUAAAAGUCUGUUCAAGAUGUGUGACUUGGGUCUUACCGAGAAGGUCAAAGAGAACCCUUGCAAGUUUGAAGUUUGGCUGCAAGGAAGAAAUGAAGUUUACGUUUUACAGGCUGGCACUAAAGAAACAAAAGAUUCUUGGGUAGCUGAGAUACGUAAACUCUUAGUAGAGCAGUUGAACUCUGUGAAAGAAAUGGCGGGGAAUCAGCCUAACAUAAAGACGAAAAGCAGUUAUUCAUACAUUGAUCCGCAAAGAAGGGGUUCGGCUCCAGACAUUACCGCGCUUCCUUUUUCUGCACCACCAAGUUCCAAUAACAACAAUGGUUCCAGUUCUUUUCCUUUUGACGAGAAAUCUAAACUACCCCAAAUUGAGAAAAAUUUGAAUACACCGAAGCUUGAUCAGAGGCGAGGCUCUGACAUGGCUCUGUGGAGGAGUGGUGGUUCGACAUCUGGAGUUUACCUGUCGCCGGCGACUGCCAGCGAGUUCCUGGACUCGGACACAGGCUCCUGUUGGUCAGACAGUGAAUUCGACGAUGAUUUCGAGGACGAAAAUGUUUACGGAGACCAGGAUCGGAUGUCACAAAGUACGAAUUUUAGCAAUAACUCCGAUUCUUUCAUCAGACGAAAAUUCUCUUCAGUCGCUGAUUAUGAAGCUGUGGAGGCAACCGAGUUGUCAUUUAAUGAAGGGGAUUCCCUUGAGUAUGUACAGCCGGGGAUAGACGGUUGGUGGUACAUGAAGAAUCUCAGGACGGGAAAAGAGGGUUGGGCACCAUCGUCUUACGUUGAAGAACAAAGCUUGGAUUCUGGGAUAUUACUUGAAGAUCAAAAAUCACUCGGAGAUAGGAAAUCAGUGGUUUCCCCAAGGCUGCGAGUAGAAACAACUGUUUGAAAAACAUUUUUAGAAUAGUCAUCAGUGGUAAGAAGAUGUUUUGAUUUGUACCUUAGUAGCUAAGACUUUUUGUAAAAAUAACUUAUGGGAUUCAGAAUAGUUCGACGAUUACAAAAUUACACUAUAAAAAUUAGAUUCAAUUAGGUUACAGACAUCAUUUUCACCUAAAUAUUUUAAAGAUCCAGCCAUUUUUACAGUGUUUGAAUAUAUAACCGUUGGGUAUCUUGUUCGUAAAAUCGGUGAAUAUAUUUUCUCGUAGAAUGUUGUUAAUAAUGAUCCAUUUUAUAAAAACCUUACAUAGUUGCAGGUGUUAUGUAAAAUUUCAUAUCAAGUCGGUCCCAACAGUUGAAUAAGACUAGUUUGAAACGCGUAACAUUUUCGAUAACUGUUUCGUAAAAAUUUUGUACAUUAGAGUACUGAAAAGCAUAGGUUCCAAAUCUUUGAUUGGCUAAGAGUUCUGAUUACAUUCAGAUUGUCCAUACCAUAUUGACCAAUCAGAGUUCAAGAAUUUGACAGCAAACGUGAGUCGCAGCUAGAUUUAGGCCUAUUUUGCAAGUUCGUGAACUCUGAUUGGUCAAUAUGGUAUGGACAAUCUGAAUGUAAUCAGAACUCUUAGCCAAUCAAAGAUUUUGAACCUAUGCUGUACCGAAAGCUUUCUAGAUGUUCGUGUAGAUUUGUCGUAAAAUAAUUAGGACUGAGGUCUAUAAUAAGAGAGAAUAUCUCCAGAGGUUGUAUUUAGAAGCAAAGGGGUUGUAUAUUUCGUUCAGUAGUUUAUUCAGUGAGGCUAGUAUGCUUGCUCGAGGCCCCGUUCAGUAAUUUUCCGCAAAGGUAAACCUACUUUGUCUAAAGUCAGGCUUUUUAUGUUGAAAGAUGCAUACAGGAGUUUCAGAGUCGAAGGCGCAUUCUUUAGAGUCUUAUAUAAAAGGUGUAUCUUCAUGAUGAACUGGGUCAGUGAUUCCUAGCAGUAGAGGUGUCUUGUGAGAAUAGGUGGUUCAUGGAUCAAUGCCCUUUUAAAUAAAAGCGUUUUGAUUUAUCAGGCAAAAAAGAUUCUUAAAUGCAAAGUACUUUAUGAGAAGACAGCCUUGAGGCUUCGAAACUUUUAGGUUCCUCUUUGCUGAGACUAACUGAUUCUGACUGUCUUCAUGACAAUCUCCUGUAUCACUGAACUCACUCUAAGAAUAGAGACCAUAAUUACGCUUUAGAAAUUCAACACAGUGAUACCAAAGUAUAAGAUGUUUUAUGUUCUAAUUUUUCUGUUUCUGAAUAGAAUCUUAAAUCAAAGUAAAAGCAAGCUGAAGCCCAAUCUUUUUUAAAGAAAGGGGUUUUUUAAAAUCAAGUCCUAGUUAUCUGUUCGAAUUGGACACCCUAUAUAUAAUUCAAGAGAUAUAAAGUUUCAAAUGUUUGAAGUUUAUUAACGAGUAAAUAUCUUUAUUUUUUUCCUCGCACUGAGCAAUUGUUGCUCUUUUUACUUCCUAUCGCUAUGUUGCAACAAUUAGCUUACAUUAAAUCUGGACAAUUAAAAGCAAUCCAAUGCAUUUAUUUCAAGCAUUGAGGGCGAGCUAGUGUUUUUAACUUGGAAAAUAUUGGACAGUUUAGACUUUGUUAGCGUUUAUGGUAGGCCUGGGGCUUGUGUCUAUACGAGAGCCAGGGUGCAUUCCAUGUACUUAGGCCCGAAGAUCUUCGGCGUACACCCAGGUUUUUUUCGGCGUUCGGCGUGCAAACCAAUGAAAGAUUUUUUGGCGUACUUAAAAUUUUUGUUAGUUGGCAUGCUAAACAUGAAGCCAUGUACAUAGUUAGCGUAAAAUAAGGGCUUCUUUGUCUGGCGCAAUAAUGUUUAUUGUUUUAACAACUGCUUUUAUAUUUUCGGCGUACCUAAACAAAUGCCCCGGUGGACCAUCGGCGUACAGUUGACAUGGAAUGCACCCUGGCACGAGAGUAAUAUCAUUUAUCAUAUCAAUACAUGAAUUGGUACUUAGCAACUGCAUCCUUCAAAGGUGUGUUUAAAACCAAACAAAGAUUUUGUAAUGUUUCAGUAGAUCGAAUAAAUUAUUUUGAGGCAUUGCAGCAAACUUGUGGUAUGUUUUUGAGCAUUUCUUAUAAUUUCAUUCAUAUCAGCUGCGAUUACAAUCGACCUUCCUUCCCGCAUUUAAGAGAAAACUUGCCUGGAUGUAUUAAGCGAAAGUCUUUGUCAAUGCUAGGGAAGUAUACAUUUUGAAUACACAAUGCCCAAAGACAAGCUUUGAAUGAUCUGGAAAUGCAACAAGACCUAACCAUAGUUGUAUCCCAUCGAUGACAACCCUUAAACGAUCCAGCAAAUAGAGCUGUAAAAAGGACGUCUUAUAAAAUCCGCAAGGAGAACUUACUUAUAAAUACCAUUAAGAAAUGCUACUGUUGCUAAUUUGGCAAACUAUGUUUGUGAUUUGCAAUUUACCUAAAACAUGUCUGAUGCAAAGCAGGUGUUGGUACAGAGCAGGUUGUGAAGGUCACCAUUGUUGUGCCCUAGUCAAUUACUGAAUGGCUUGUUUGCUGUUUCAAGCUAAUUGCUCAAGGCCUUUCAUACGAAAAGCUAUUGUGUUGGGCAUGGCCAGGUGGGUUUUAUGAAUAGCUAAUUUAUGAUUCAACCUGACCCAAUGACAUUUUCUUUGUUUUCUUUAAUCAAAAAUGCCAGUUAAUUAGACAGUUUAGGAAAGGUUAAUUUACUAUACAGCCAAAAUUGGGUGUUUAUGUAAGCACGAGAGCUUCUUAGCCACACUGAAGUGUUAAAUCUCGUGAAAAUGGGCUACCAAUAAAACUGCCAUACUUUGCGCGAUAUUAUUGGUUGCACGUGCAUGAUAACUAUGCUUAUAGAAAUGGUCUCUUUUAUGCAAUUAUCAGAAAUCAAACCACGUGCAAUGUUAGAGCAGAGAAUACUUACCGCCAGCAGCUUCGUCUUUCCAAACAGGAAGUUAAAAAUUAUCAGACACAGUUUUGAAGCAGAGAACUUUUCUAGCUUCAAUCAAAGCGGAGUGAUAAAAAUAGCAAGGUGGUUCAGUUGAAGAGAUGAAGAAAUAGAUGAGAGAAAUGGGAUUUUGUUUUUAUUUGUCGCAGCUUCAAACAGUGCCCUUUGAUGAUGCCCAAUAAGAGAGAGGCAGCUUUGGUAUACUUCAGGUAAAUGUUUGUUUUAUGUGUAGUAAAGAACUUUUCUAUGUGUCUUCAAAAAACUGCCUUUUCGUCCAGACUUGGGCCGAAACGAAAUGGGUCCGAUGUUUCACUUUCGAUGUUGUAGUGGCUUGGAGCUAAGAUGAAGGUAAAAAGUCGCCAAUUCAAUAUCACUUGUUGUAACAUAAAUUGAGAUGGUAAAAAAACCUAUUGAAAGUUUUUAGAACUCGUUCAUACUAUCAAGCUUAUGUCGUUUUCUAUAGCAUUAGAAAAAACAAUCAGGCCCCUUUAGGGGCUACAGCUAUUGGCCCCUUUCCGCCUGUUCUCAGUUAGCUGGUAAUAGUAUUUCUUCUUUCCAACUUUUUUCCGUAAAUCUUAUUUGCUAAGUAACAGUCACCCAGACAGAAAAGCAACACACUCAUAUUUGCUGAAUUAAACUCAAUUUGAAAGGCUUCGCUGUUAUUUUCAAACAUUAGGUUCAUGCAGUUUUAUCUUGAUUUGAUUUGUUUCAGCAAAUUACGCAAUAGUGGUCCAGUGUGCGCUACUGAGAAUUUUUAAAGCCCUCUUUUGCUAAAAGUUGUUAAAAACUAUAUAUUCUUGAACGACAAAAUGUAUUUAGUUUUGUCUGGGCUUGCUUAAACAUUUUUAGGUGGUACAAACUUCAGCAAUGGCUUUGAAACAGCCAAAAUUUAAAACAUACUUAAGCUUUUCGCCAAGAGUUGAAAACAUCAGAAUAUUGAUUGAAAGUUCCAGGUUAGGUAAUAUAUCUAUAUAUACCCACUUGUGGAUUGAAAUGGGUCAAUAGAAAAUGCGAGCGUUAUUGUGAAGUGUACCUAAUCAGUUCUGCUAGUCAAUGCAAUUUUCGAUCACUAUUAGAGUUUUUGUACAACAACACAAAUAUCCUUUUAGUUAACUGAAAUGAUUGCAAGGAAUUUUCAAGCCAAAUUCCGUCCUAAAGAGUACUAUAUAUUAUUGAAAAUCCUUUAUCCCUCAGAGUGAAACGCAAAUCCCUUAUGUUGUCUUUUUAUUACAGCGUACAAAACAUAAAACAUAUUUGUGUGAUCUUACACAACAGUGAAAUUUUUAGAACAUUAUGCUGUUUUAUGCAUCAUUUCAAUAUCGAAAUUUUUUUUUUGAAUUGAAUAUUUAGUUUGCAAUACAUUUUAAAGGGACCCUGCCUUAGAAAUAGAUAGAGACUGCCAUCCUUAAAGACUCAUUGCUAACAAUGAGCCAUUGCGCUACGCAAGCAUCCCAUAAUGCAUUUUUAGACAGUCUGAAAUCAAUUUACUGCCAUUGAAGACAGUUUACUGCCAUUGUUUGGAACGUCGCCACGCUCGCAAAGGCCCAUUGUUAGCAAUGAGUCUUUAAAAGCACAAGCAUGUUCAAGGUAGCUUAUUGCUUUUUCAAAUUUUGCCAUUUUUCAAAAUAGCAGAAGCAGGCACGUAAAUAAUAGGGGGCGUGGCGGGCGUAACGCCCCCCCCCCCCAAAGUUUGGAAAAAUCAGUUACCGUUGGAAAACUUAACGAUUGACUUGGAUUUUUUCUCAAGACCAAACUUCGGAAUUUCAUAUUUUAAGAAUUGUGGGAUUUUAAAUGUAAAAAGUUUAAACCUUGUUAAAAUUCACAGGCUGGAGCGGACCCAUCCACUAAUCGUUUUCUAUUGUGAAGCCCCGUCUCCACUGGAUCCAAAUUGCACAAUUGCGCCGUUUGCUUCCUUUCUGACGGGAGUUGAGGUUAACAAAAUUAAGAACACGCAAAAUGGAUUUUCGAAUAAGAAACUUGAAACUUUACAGUUUGGAAUAAUAAUAGCUAUAUUGAUCAGAAAACAUUAAAGUGGGAGUUUUUUUUAAGAGAAUUGCGAGUAGUUGAUCCAAUAAAAAAUGGAAAACUGCUCAAUACUAAAAAUUCUCAGCGCUUCCCCUGCUGUUCGUAAAUGUCCUUUAUUCAUUAACAUAAAUUGCUACGACAAAGCUUCUGAGAAUCAAGAAAACAUUGCAAAAGCUGCAGCAGAGGUAUUUGAUCAAAGAAGGGUGUUUUAUUUUACGAAUCGGGCAUAUGCACUUGCUCGCAAAUCAUAAUUUUGAUUGUAAAGAACGAAAAGACAUUUGGCCCUCUGAAAAUUGCUAAUAGUUUCCUUCGAUCAAGAAGAAAAAGAUAAGGGGCUAAAUUCCUGGAUGCUUCUAUAUCGUGAAAAAUAUAUUUUAGAUAAAAUCGAUCUGCAUCAAAAAGCUUUAAAAUGGGCAAAUCAGAAAAAGACUUCUUACAGUAAGUUUAAAUGCUUGUGUCAUGUUAAUCCAAAUUUAAAGAUUCAGGUUUUUAUGCCUUACGCUAAUUAUUUUGAAUAAAAUGUCAGUGAUUAUAAAGAAACUAGCAAUACGGAGUAAGGGCUAUUUCCAAAUAUCUAUUUGGUAGGUACAGUAGAUUCGCAGGUGGAAUGAAAAAUUUCACAAAUAAAGUUGGAAUUUUCAUCCUUCCACGCCCCUCCAAAAUUAGCCACUUGUUUUCGUCCCUGAGCAGAAGGAAUAAAAGUUUGACUCACUUGAAAGUACGCGGCUUGACCCGAGUUAGACAUUUAGCGCCCACGGCGCUUGUAGAUUAAUGGAAGCGCUAGAGGUUUAUAUUGGAUCGAGGCUGGUAACCCGCCAAACGUUCGAAAGGAAAACAAAUGGCUGAAAAUGGCGUGACGAUCAAGCAAGUAUAUAUGACGGUAUAUUUUCUGUAUUGUGUCAUUUAUUACUGUUAAUAAAAAUUUAUCGAUAAAUUUUCUCCAAUUGUCAGUUUUAGGUUUGGUUAAUCAAGUAGCGGGUAAUUUACCAGCUCAACCAUUUAUUUAGGCCUCGCUACACCACUUUUCCCCAACCACACUGAUAUGAUAGGCACCUUCCUCUAUACCUUCUGUCUCGAAUUUUCAAAACUCUUCUUCCAGAUUAGAUUCAAAUUUUCAAAGCCAAACAAAAUCUGUUUUAAUCUCUGGUUUUUAAAAAAGAUUAGAAAAUUUCGUGAUGUUUUGUUAUCGAACUUGCAUUGUUUAUUUUGAUUUGUGUAGCUUGCACGCACCUUUUAGUUUAUUUGUAGUAAUAUGAUUACACUUUAUAAACAUUUUAAUUUGGCACACAAAAUAAACAUUUCUCUUUUGAUUGUUAAGUUUUGUUAGUUUCAAGAAAAAGUUUGUGUUUCUGCAAAAUAUCUUGUGGAUUACCUGUGUACUCAAGAAAUGUUGAUUGAAGCUUUAUUGAAUGGGGAUGGUAGAUUAAGUGAAAUCGGGUUUUUGGGUUACGGAACUGGCUAAGAAACUCGUUCACAUACUUUGCAAGGUUUCUUAUAAAGAAUAGAUAUAUUGAGAAUUUACUCAGGUAAGAGGAUGGACUCCACCAUUGAUUUUAAAAGUUUUAUUGUCCAAUCUAUUUCCAUCUUCAUCAAUCCAUUUUCAAUGCAACAUUUUACCAAUACUCUACAAUUAAUUCCCAUUUACAAUCACCACAAUUAGAAUAAUAGAGCAAAAAAUUGUCAAUGGUUGUAAAGGGCAGUACUUACUCUUACUGGAGGCUUGAAUAUUCAAUGACUGUUGUCGGUUUCCAAGGGUUGUGAUACCGUUUUCCUUUCAGAAGAAGAAAUUAACCAAACUUGUCUUUGUUGCUUGCUUGAAGUACCCUCUUUAUUGUGUCAUGUCCAUAGAUAAAUGGCAUAAGCAGAGGAUACAUAGGGGCUGGGAGCUGCAGCCCUCUCAAUCAAGCAAAAUGUAUUGAAUAUCUGGCAACUUUAUCUCAAUGAAGCAAAAUUAUUAAGGCAGGAAGCUAAGUCCCCCCCCCCUUAAAAGUUUAGCCUUCCCUAUGCCUAUGAUAAAGGGGGAUGGUAACAAAUGGCAUUUAGGAAAUCCAUUUCAAAAAAUAUAAAUUGAAAGGCAAAAAUAUAUGUUGGAUAAGGCUACUAGAAUUUACAAACCAUUAAUAGUGCUUCAAGAAUACAAUAUGAAAUAAUUGAUAACCAAUAACAGAUCAAUUUUCUCAAGAAGGUUUCUCGUACUGUUUGAUAGUGAAUAUUAAAAUCUACUGGUGGUGCAACUUGUUUGCUUCUACAAAAUACAAAAUCUAAAACAUUGAUAAAUGGGGGAGGCAGGGAGGGGGAUCAAAAUUAGCACUUGGUAGGUCUGGAGAAAUUAUAAAAAGAGUAUAAUGGCUGUGGCUUACUUCAAGAUUGAUAGUGUCUCUUAUAAGUGCUAUUUUUAGCACCCAAUUGAAGCCUCUACCGCAUGGCACUUACCUUCAGCAUUUACUAAGAAAAAGAGCUAACAAAAUCAAAUAUAUAUAAAACGUUGACUUUUACAGAUCAAUGAAUCUUCCUUGAACUUUACUAAGAUUUUCCAUAGUAAAUGAAAAUUUUGGUUGGUAACAGAUUUUGAUAGAAAAAAGAUUUACAAUGCCUUUGGAUGUUUGGGAGACACAGCCCCCUUCCCCCCCCCCCAAAGCUCAAAAUUUGUCAGAAAAUUUCAGAAAUUCUGCUUCUUUGUAUGUAUUUUGAGGAGAAUUUGUCUGUGGGCCUGCUUCAUAGAAUUUCAGAUUACAUUUCACCUGUGCUUCCAAAUGGUAAAAUAUUUAUGCAUGUCUGAUUAUUGGUCUUGAACAAAAAUGGCUGUUUGGCAGGGUUAUAUAAUCGUUUAACAAACCAGUCUAAAUUAAUGUUUGGUAUUUGUUGCUAUUUCUGGCCUGAUGCAAUUAAAAAUGAAAUUAUAUCGAUUGAAUUUAAAUCUCAAUGACUUAGCUAACCACGGAACAAAGUAAAUUAAAGCUGUAAUCUAUUUUAGCAUUCACACUUUAAGUCUGUCUUAAAAUUGGGAACAAACAAUUAUCAAAAAAAUUAUUGCUAAACCAUUUCUGAGGGUAUCUUAGUAUAAUAAGUAUCUGAGAAAGGUUUUUUUUACCUGAGGGUUGGGGAGAUUUAUCUGAAUAUGGAAAUAGAAUGUCAAUCUCUAGACCUAAAUUGUCAUAGUCUCCUUUAAUGUCAUGUUUCAUUGUAUUUGCUUGUUUGCUUAUGUUUGAAGUGCAAUUAAAGUAAUUUUUUCUGAAAUUUUAUCAAUUUCUGUCUUUGUAAAAUCCUUAUUGAAAUCGAUUCUCCACUAGAAAUUUCAAGACAGGAUAGCAUGGAUGUUGGUUUCAGAAGCUUUCCAGACAGCAAGGUAAUUUUUGUCAUUUUGUAUAACUGGGCUCUAGUUUUCAUAAUCAUAUGAUGUGAGAAGAUUUAAACUUAUAUUAUAGUUCAAUACCAACACAAAAGUUUAUAGAAAUGCAAUCUUUGGAAUGCAAUUUUUGUUGCAUUACAUAAUUGAGGUUGCCCUUGUUAAAAAACAUUACUUGCACAGCUUUAUCAAGAGAGAUGUUCCAAGGUGGUGUGACCUGGAAAUAAAAUGUUUUGCUUUUUAGGAAUACUUUGUAAGCAAAUUUUCAAUCUCCUUAGCAAUUUAAGACCGGCUCACCCACUAUUCAAUAGAUUGGACCUAGGCACUCCCCUUGAUCCUAAUGGGUAAAAUUUGAUUUUGAUCCGGUACCAAUAAAUGGACACUUCCUUUCUGUAACAGAGACUAGAAUUGACUCUUAGGUCCAUGCAUUAUGAUUUUUAAUUCAUGUUUUAUAGUUAACAUGCAAUAGAGAAAAAAAAUUACUAGCAAUUUUUUUAAUACCUUUGAUUCCAAAAUCUAGAGAAUUGCAAUGUUUCUCUAAGGCAAAUACCAUAUUGUAUAUUUCAAAUGUAACAGGCAUUUGAUGGCUGUACUCAAAAAAGGGAGCAGCAAUCAGUCAAAUAAUUAUGACAAGAGAAAACUGUAAAUGAAAUAAAAUGUUUGCAGGAUAGCAAAUUUAUUUCAAUGGUCAAUAAUGUAAUCAAAUAAUUCGAAGAAUAAAAAAAAUAGCAAAAAAUUAAAUGCAAUAUUGUGUGAUUUAUCAGUAAAAGGUAUGAUACAUUACAGUACAAUAAAUUAUUUAAGAAAAACUUCUGUACUUUUUUAUUUAUUUUCUCCUUAAUAAAAUGUAAUAAUUUCAUAGAAAAUUUGGUUAUUUUCAACAACCAAAUUUAAGCUUGAUGCGAAAGAGUGUAGUUUCUACAACAUUUCUAACAGAAAUGCUUAAAAAUUAAAUGAAAAGAUUCGGAUAAGUUGGAAUGAUGCAGAAAACUAUAAUAUUCUUUAUACUUUCGAUUUCAUAUUUCUCAACAAUUUCUUCUUUUGAGACAGUUUUCUUUGAAAAAAUGUAAAGACCCAAUCGGAAUUGUCAUUGUUGUGAAAAUUUCCAGAAUUUCCAUCUGCUUGUGUUCGAAGCAUUCUACUUUCUCUGUUGACCCAUUGUUAGUUAAUUGAACCAAUAAAAAGAGUAAUAUUUUAGAUAAUUGUAAAUGAUUCAAGAUAGCAUGUAAAUAUUUGAAAGUUUCAUGUCAAGUGCAUUUCUAAAUGAAAAAUAAUAUCCGAGGUUAGUUCGUCGAUGUUGGCUAGAAAGGUAAAUAGAAGCAAAACAAAUCUAUCAUUUACAAAAUAUUCAUGAAUGUUGUUGCCUGGUAGGCAACCGUAUUGAAAAUUGAAAUUCAAAGUUGUACUGUCACUUUGUGGUUAGAUACUACAUUUAUUUCAAUAUUUAAUCAAUGAAAUUUCAAAGAAUGGCUACUACUUCCUUUAAAGUAGCUUCAGAUUUCCACUUUCAUACAGCUCUUCAUAUAUUCGAAUUUUUCAUGUUGAUAAUCUGGAUUCUAACGCUGUCCAUUUGAUGCUUAUUAGCGAAUUGCAACUUAAUUUCCUGGCGAAUAGCUGAAAGCUACGGUUAAAUAAUAUGAUAAACAAAUCGUGUUAACCAAACCAACGAUCUUCAAUGAUUCAAACCAGUGAUUUGGUAAACUUUGCUCCGGUGCGGGGUUCAAUGAAAACCAUGCCCUGGGAAUCAGCUCUUUUCAUUGAAUCGUUAUACACUUGGUUAAUCAAAUCAAGGAAACACAGGAGAUGUAUCUUUAUCAGGAAUAUUGCUCUUUGAUUUCCAAUUUUUCCUCAUCAAUAGGGUGAAAAUCACUUUCUUAGCUUUGAUGUUUCUUUGUUUGAAAUAUCUUUUACAAAAAGCUUGCUCUAUGAUUUCGGGAGUCGUACUAGGAAGGAACCUCAUUAUAGACGCUUUAAUCAAAACUUGGAUAAGGCUACUAGACUUGUAAUAUUCUCAAGGAAGAUAGCAAUGAUAAGAAUAUCUCAUUGUCAAAUUAAACGUAAAGAUAGCGAAACUUGCAAAGAUUGCAAUGAGCUAGCUAGAUAAAGAUACCAGCAUUUUGUAGGGCCUUAUAGAGCUGGCGAGCAAGGUACACCUCUCGACGUGUUGUGUUUUAUUCUUUUAUACUUCUGAUGCCAAUGCUUCCAGUUUUAGAUGUUUAAUUAUAUCGUGAUUCAUUUAUGAUUAAAAUCAUCAUUGAUGUCUCUUAUCAUUAUCACACUUGACAUUUUUAUCCUUAUUUUGGCUAACACAAGCAUCUAUUGCCAACCAUCCGUUUUAUUUGAAAGAUGAAACUAACAAUGACUUACAAUGUGAGAAAAAUAUUAGGAGCUUUCUCCUAUUACAUUCCUAUACUUGGUUAUAAUAUUUUAGUAUUACGGGUUAUCAUAUUUUAGUAUUACGAAUAGUAAUAGUAGCAAACUAUAUUAAUGUUAUUGACUUUGCUAGUGUAGAAAUAUGUUACGUCUAGAUUAUUCCUUUUUCCCUACGUCUGUUGGUUUAUGUAGUAACUGUACCUGGGUUUAAUUGUUAUGGCUCCCCGUAUGUUUCUGGAUAGAGGCUGAAAUAUAAUUUUCAAAUGGCCGGUUGAAACAAAAGACCCUUGCAAUAUCCAUGUGCAAUGGCAGAUCCAUACUUGUACCGAAUGGUUUGUUCAUGUCAUCUGUAUUGCGCGUAUAACCAGUAAUAGAUAGAUGGGUACAGGUUUUUAUUAAGGGUUUUCGCUAGCGAUUCAAUACUAAUAAUAUUAAUUAGUGUAUUCGUAGUAUCAUUGACCCAAUAAGAUCGAUGCAUAGCCCACGUGUACCUAUACACAGUUGAUGAUUUUCAUCAUCACAAGGGCCUAACAGAUUCGCCAAGCGUUUUUAACUUAACUGUCUUCCAACCAAUAUACUUUGAUAUUACCUUUUCUACGGUAAUAGAGAGCCGAGGAUUAAUGUAAAAUUGGUUAUAGGGAUCGAUGUCAGUUGACAUUGCGUCAUGUAGUUUCUACGUUAGCCUGUUGUCUAAUAAAUCGUCUAAGUUUUUUGUUCAAAACAAAAUGAAAAAGCCCUAGAAAUAUUAAAAAGCUGAAGAUUAUUAAUAGAUAGUACUAGGUAGAAACGCUUAGCAGUGUUAUUCAAAUUCCAAAAGCUGUGCAGGCUUGAGCAAAGCAGCUUAUCAGAUUGCAAUUAUAUCGAAUGAGCAGGUGAACAAUGAUACAUGAAUCCCAAUUUAAAAUGCUCUUCCCGAACUACAAACAAAUUUCAGGGUUCCAGCUUUCAAGAUCUUGCAUGCAAGAUAACAAUGGUGCCGCAGUGUGAUUCAUUUUGUUUAUACCUCCAAUCAAUUUCUUGUUAUAAUCAAAGCUUCGUGCUAUUGCAAGCAAACUAUGUCGUGGUUUUUUCACUGACAACAGAGUCUAUGACGCUUUUAACCCUUAUAGAUAUCACACUAUUUGAAAUUUUACGUCUGUAGCAAAUAUCCAGAAAGCGUCAAUUUAUCCACUUUAGAUUUGUAGUCAUUUGUAAAUGAAAUUUUUGCCAGUCUAAACUUCAUUCAACCCUAUCAUUUGAGUUAUUGGAGGUAAUGAUUGGUUGGUUUACAAAAGUCGCCUUCUUUAAAGGUAGCCAAAUAGAACUUUUUUAUUAUCAUGUAAAAUUUAGCGCUUGGAAUAUGACUUAGAUUCGUGUCUUUGAAGAGCAUGUAAUAUACUCUGAACAUGGUUUUAUUUCAUUCUUAUGCCAUUCUUGAGUUGGAAGCAAAGCAAACAUUAUAUUCAGGCUUGCUAAGAGGAAAGCAGAACGGAGAAAGGAAUGGAAUAGAACCUCUUUCUUGUUAGUGGCAAGUAAGUAAAAAAUAUUGCUUCUGAGAUAUUAAUAUGAGACGGCUCUUUACCACUCCUGGUUCCCGUUUUCUAUUUCUCUUGGUCCUAGCUGUGUUCUGGCUAGUUUUUUUAAUGUGUUUCUCUCCAGAAAGACAUUUUUGUACCUUCGGAGAAGUACGGGAAGAUGGAAAGGGGUAGGACCAAUCCUAUUAAUUGCAUAAAUGGAGUAAACUUUUGUUCCAAUAAAGAGUACGAUUAGAUUAACUAGGUUGACCGAGUUAGCAAAUUUUGCCCAGACCUUCUUAUAUUGACCAACAUUAAUGACAUUGAUGGUGCUAGAACGUCUUGUCUUGAGAGAUAAAGGCAGUUAACAGAAAAUUGUAGAGGGAGACAAGGUCAUUCAAAAGAAUUCCAAACAGUAGCGGCGCCACUGGGGGGACUGGGGGGACACGUCCCCCCAGUUCUCGACAGGAUCGAGUUUGUAUUUCUUCUAAAUCUGAUGAGAAAAUAUUGGGGGAGGGGUAACAUUUUGACAGCGUACUUUCUGUGAUGUAAUCCUAUGAUUUUCAAACUGCCAAUUUUCAAACACAAGUUAGUCAUAGGCAUUCCCUUUGGAUAAAAUUGGGGUUUCCUGUUGGUAAAAAGGCGUUUUCUGAUGGUUUAGGAGGCGUGGUCUAAAAUUGUUUGUUCUGCACCCUUCCCUCUCCCCCCCCCCCAGAGCUUAGUGGCUGGCGCUGCCAUUGAUUCCAAAACUGGUCAUACGAUGAGGUUUGUUUUGGGAUAGGCGGUGAAGGUGAUGAGCUCGAAGAAGACUGCCCACUGCAAAAGGAAAGAAGCAUAUUCAACGAUGUACAUGCGGAAGGAAUACGUGUACAAGUUCCAAUUCCAAAGAGAUUAAUGAAGGAUUUGAAUUUUAAAUGGCAAAUGUAAUAUAUAGGAAGGGGAGUCAAGUUGCUGCCUCCCACCUUUAAAUUUUUAUAAGUUCUAAUAACCUGAAUUAUAGAAUUAAAAUUUGGCUCUAGAAUGUUUUCAUUUUUAAAGAGAUUUGAUAAGAAUCAUAACUUUGGCUGCAUAUUGAGAAAAGAAUUGAAAAGUCUAUUGUCCUCAAAAGACCCGGAAUCUGUCAAAAUUUUGAAACAUUGAGUAAAGAAGAGUGCGCUUAUUCGAGCGCCAACCACUAUGACAAAGAAGUCCCGUAUACAACUGCUAAGUUUGUAUAGUAUACGACCCACAAAAUGCCGAAGUUUUCUUGCGUGAGUUCCUUGGCCUCUUUUCUUCAUAGCAAUUAUGUUGUGGCAAGUAGGCGUAUAAUGCUGAAGAAGAUUACCGCGAGAUUAGAAGAAAGAAAAUGUUGUUUUUGUUUGGUUGUUUGGAUUUUUUAUCUCUGAAAAUUGUAAGGCAAUAACAGGUAUCAAUAUAACUGGCAGUAGUGGUUGAAUGGGAUUUUGAAAGAUAAUUCAAAUGUUUCCAAAUUAGUUUUUUUCUCAUUAAGGGAGCAGCCAAAUUAGAUCGCGAAUGUCGCAAUGUCGCGUAGAGAGGGUCAGAACUUGUGCACUCAAGAGUCGCAUACAAAUCAAGGAAUGAAUGCAUUGCAUGAAUCAAGGCCUAUCAACCCGUAUCAAAACCGCGUAACCGUAGCGUAUAGCUUUGACUGCGCUAUCACACGGGUGACUGGGUUCUGGGCCCGUGAUUUAGCAGCGACCUACAGUGCCCUGUACCUAAUUACUUAACUUGAAAGGGCGAAAACCAGCAUAGCUCAGAUCUGAUAUCACUCUCGGUGUAGCGAUGCGAAACAACAGAGUGAUUCGGCUCAGUUAGAUUGAUUUUGGGUAGUCUUUGGUAACAAUAGAAAGCUAAGCAAGACCAGCGAUCACAGCGGAUAACCAAUCUCUGAUUGCUCAUGCAGUUUGUAUGCAUUUUGGAACAAUCUUCUUGCAAAUCUGUGGACGCCUAAAACGACCAAGGCGUCACAGAUCGCCUUAACCCUAUGUAUUGAUAUUCGAAAUUUUCGACUAACCAAUAAAGAAGAUCUGGCCAUGUGAUAUUAUUAAUCUAUUGGCUUCCUCAUGUUGCAAAGACAUAUAUUCUCGCACGGAUUCACUCCUCCGCUAGUCGCAUUGCUGAUUGCAGUUUUGAUCGUGAACUUUUUGCACACUGGAGGUAUGUAGUUCUGCAAAUUUUUUCAGAUUUUUGCAUAUUCAUUUCUACGCCAACAGCGCCGUCAUCAAAGAUGGAGGUUUUAUGGUGGAGAGUCAAGACCUGACUGGCCUACCCCAAGGUUUUAUCAACUUUCCCCAUGCGGUGUUUCUGUACGGUUACAUCUAAAACGACGUGAUUGUCUAUCAUAUCGCUCUUACUGAACAAAGCCAGUGGGAACCCUUUCUUUUUUAGAAAAUUCUCUUAGAAACAAAAAAAAGUAAAUAUGUGAUUCAUUGUUCAGUCCCUCAGCUCAUAUCCUGCAAAAUGUUUUUGGUCCUUAUUAUGAUAUUUGAAUAAUAUUUUCACAAUAUCACUAUACCCAAUAGUUUUCUGUUUGAAAUGUGUCUAAAAAAAUUUCCCAGAUUUUCUUCCACUAAAGAGCUCCUGUUAUCAAAUAUUUCAAGUACUAUCAGAUCUCUAGGAGUCGUUUUUAAAUCGAUCUUUGAUGGCAUUUUUAUAAGGCCAUACAAUGUACAAAAUUCACCUUGAUAUGACUGCAUCAGACUCUUUGCUAAGGUUUUGCAAUAUCGAAAAAUUCCAAAUGAAACGAAAUUCAUCUUGCCAAUCGGAGUUUUAGAUUUGCAAAAGGAUGCAGCUCUCAACAUGCAAUCAAAUUUCAGUAGCCUCAUGUUUAUUGGCUCGGUACAGGGUUUGGUUUCAUUGAUAAGCUGUUUUUGAUUUCGCUUGCAAGUGCUUGCAAAACUAAAUUUGCAAUUGUUUACAGCUAAAUUUUGUUAGUGUAUUCUCUGAGAAUGCCAGUUUUAAUUUUGUUCAACUGCUGAGGUAUUUGGAAUUGGCUGUUUGCUUUUUCUUUAAAAAGCGGGCAAUUCUUCCUGGCUAUAAGAUCAUCCACGUAUGAGUUAAUUCAUAACGAGCGAGUUUACUCCAUUUCAUACACCCAGCUUGGCGAAUUCUCUCACUAGCUUCAGUGGUCGAAGACAAUGAGUAAAGUCUGUCACCCAGGCGAGAAAAAUCACUCCAGUCAUCGGAAAUCGAACUUACUCGAAUCUGGCUUGUGUACCCGUGUGCAAACAGCCCAUGAACAUGCAACGAAAAAUUAGCAGACGUUUUGUAAAAUGACUGUCUGAAUACAUGACUGUCUGAGUAUAUGGAUGUCUGGCAUAUACCCUCAAUGCUAAAAAAGGUCCUAUAUUGAAAGUUGUUAAUUCUCCUCAAGGUUCUAAAAUUUGAUUUUUGACUACAAAGAAUUGGGCACCAGAACCACUGAAAUAAUGCCACGGCGGACUUAAACGGGAAGUUGAUAUUCCCGAUAGUUUUUUAAACAUUUGCAUAGAUCAGUUGUUCAAAUCCACUUUUGAUCAUUUAAAGUGUGCUUCUUGCCCUCGUAUUUUCGUUGUUUUUGCUCCCUCUACCACCCUGAUUCUAUUGAUACACAAGA